UAUCAGUUUUAUUUUCACAGUUACAUUACUUAUCAAGAUGGCUGCCCCAGCAGUUGACAAUGCCAGAGAGAAAGCUCUCGCCGACUAUCGCAAAAAACUUCUGGAUCACAAAGAAUUGGAAGCAAGACUCAAAGAAAUAAGAGAAACCCUAAAAGAGUUGACCAAGCAGUAUGACAAGUCAGAGAAUGACCUCAAGGCUCUGCAAAGUGUGGGGCAGAUUGUUGGAGAAGUCUUGAAACAGCUGACAGAGGACAAAUUUAUUGUGAAAGCCACAAAUGGUCCUCGCUAUGUGGUUGGUUGCCGCAGACAGCUGGACAAGUCCAAACUCAAGUCUGGGACUCGUGUGGCUCUGGACAUGACAACACUGACCAUCAUGAGAUAUCUGCCUCGUGAAGUGGACCCACUAGUGUACAACAUGUCUGUGGAGGACCCGGGUGAUGUUUCUUUUAACCAGAUUGGAGGUCUGGGAGAGCAGAUCAGGGAGCUGAGAGAGGUGAUUGAGCUCCCCUUGCUGAACCCAGAGCUGUUCCAACGUGUGGGCAUCACCCCACCCAAGGGAUGUCUGCUCUAUGGACCACCUGGUACAGGGAAAACACUUCUGGCUCGAGCUGUGGCCAGCCAACUGGACUGCAACUUCCUCAAGGUGGUGUCCAGUGCCAUUGUGGACAAGUACAUCGGAGAGAGUGCUCGGCUCAUCAGGGAGAUGUUUGCCUUUGCCCGUGACCACGAGCCCUGUAUUAUAUUUAUGGAUGAGAUUGACGCUAUAGGUGGAAGAAGGUUCUCUGAGGGCACGUCAGCAGACAGAGAGAUCCAGAGAACUUUGAUGGAGUUGUUGAAUCAGAUGGAUGGCUUUGAUGCCUUAGGCCAAGUGAAAAUGAUUAUGGCCACCAACCGACCAGACACGCUGGAUCCAGCCUUGUUGCGACCCGGACGUCUUGACAGGAAAAUUGAAAUCUCCCUACCAAAUGAACAAGCUAGACUGGAAAUUUUAAAGAUUCACGCUAACCCCAUAGCCAAGCAUGGAGAAAUUGAUUGGGAAGCUGUGGUGAAACUGUCAGAGGACUUCAAUGGUGCUGAUUUGAGGAAUGUCUGCACAGAAGCUGGUAUGUUUGCCAUCCGUGCUGAACGUGACUACGUGGUGGAGGAAGAUUUCAUGAAGGCUGUCAGGAAAGUUUCAGACAACAAGAAACUGGAGAGCAAGCUGGACUACAAACCUAUUUAAAGUGUAAGCCUCUUACAACCAUCUAGGGUUUGUCAUGCCUGAUUCGAUUGACUUUUCAUGAGGAAUGUUUGAUGUUUAUGAGCAUGUGUUUCUAGACUUAUCUGUUGUGUAGUUAACACAAUGAUGUCAAAUGAGCUUUUUUACAUAAAGUGUAAUGAAAGGAAUGUUUAGCUAUUCAUCAUUUGCAAAAUCAUUUUGAAAGGCAUUGGUAAUGUUCAGCUUUUGACAUCUAUGAUGAAAGAAGGAGAGUUUUGCCAUACCUGGUAUAUGUUUGCAAACUAAAAAAGUGUAACAGAAGAUGAGAUUGUUUUUCCCCAUUUGUAUUUAUCUUGCUGGAGAAGAUUUCUCAACUCUACAAGUUAUUUGUCAGAAUUCUAGAUUUGAAUAGCGAUACACUGAGCGCUCAUUGCAUUAUUCAACUUGAAGAUUUAUUUUCAAUAAUAGAUUUCUGAAUCAAAUAUAGAUGGCAGUUUGUGAAAUAUGUGCAGAAACAUUUUUUUGCUCCAUUCUACAAAUUUCAGUCAUUGUAAUUUGUAUAAAAUGAAUGUUGUAUGUUAUGUGUGUAUGGAUGAAUUAGUUUGGUGCGUGGCAAUUGUGAAUGUGAAUAUGUUUGAAAUAAAAUACAAUCUCUUCCACAA